GAGUGGUUCGAACAACUUCAAUGGCCAUCGAGCUGUCUUGGCACCCUCCCGAAAGCGCCGCGAUGGUGCUGGAUUAUGAGGUUCGGUGCGAGGAGGAGGCGGCGACUUCACCAGAAGAGGGUACUGAAGAACAACGGGUUCGAACAACCCAGACCAUGACAAGGAUUGUGGGUUUGAGGCCAUCUACACGAUAUGUCUGCCAAGUCCGAGCUCUCAAUUCCUGCGGCUGGUCCCGUUGGUCGGCUCGUGUCGCAUGCCGAACCGACAUUUGCAGGGAUGCGGCUUGGCAAGAUACGAAAGAUGAAGGUGCUGCAGAGGAACAGCAAAGGAAGGACACCCUCGAUGUCUCCAGCGAGCCGCUUCAAAUUCCCUCGGAAAAUAUUGCCAAAGCCUGGCAAUUCAGCUCGGCGGCCGAGUGCAUGCCAUUGCCGAGUGCGCGCCGGCGCCCGUCUCCGAGACUGGAACAUGACAACAGUUUUGGUGCGAUGACCUCGUGGAGUGUUCGUCAACGCUUGCUGAAACAUGUGCUUUCCCCCGUGCACUUAUCCCAUGAAAGCGAAGUGGCAGCAGAGAAGCGGGAGGACGAACUGCAACUUGCAGUUGCGUAG